AUGGGAGGUGCCCCAAGCAAGCCCAGCCCUCCUGCAGAGUCUCCACUGCCAUCUCUCCCCAUCCUUCUUAGAAACCCAAAGACAGAGGGAGAGGAGCCCAAGAAAUCUGGGGAAGAAGGGCCAAGGAGGGUAGAAGAGCAGCUGAAGAAGAAGGUUCCCCAUGAAUAUGAGGCCAUCAUCGGGGAAGCUGACGGGUCUCCUGGCAUCUCUCUAAACCAGGACAGGAAGGCAAGUUUUCUCCAUAAUCUCCUGAUUCCUCCACAUUUAUAAGCCAUGUUAGAGCGAGAAAGAAUCCCCAGAUGGUAUAAGUUUCCAAAUACAGAGUAAAGUUCUUGAAUGAAAUAAAACAAGAGAAAAUGGCCGUCUGAGAGCAAUCCUGCCAAGAUAUAUAUAACUGAUGUAAUCUCCAUCGCCAACUCUGUGGUGGGUCUUAUGCCCUCUGAAUAAGAGGGGGGAGACUAUGGCUAGAAAAAGAAAGAAGAGAAGAGAAGAGAAGAGGGGGGUUUCUAACGAUCUCAUCUCAUCUUGCUUCUGACAGAAGUUAUGGCUGGAUGAGAAGUCUGGGUCCAAAGAAGAGAAGAACUGCUUCACGCUGUCUGCUAGAGACCUGAAGAUCACAUGGGGAGAAGAUCCACGGUACUGGAGAUGGUCUCCUCAGAGAGAAACAAGGUGAUGUGUCUUCUCCCUGUAUUGCCCCACGUCAACCAUGUUUGCCAAAGAUGGUAAAAAAUUGCAUCUUUAUGUUGCUUUCAGGCCCGGCGCUGGCAUGGAAGUGGUGGAGCUACUGAAUGUGUGCUGGCUGGAGAUCCAUGGAAGGUUUGAGGUCUCCCACCUGACCCCAGGGGUGACCUACGACGUGGCCUUCCUGGUGAAGAUGAAGCCCUCUGCCUACGGCUGGAAUGCGCCGGUGAAUCUCAGGCUCACUGAUGCUGGAGGGCAUGUGCAGGGGAGAGUGGAGAGGCUGGCGGACAAACCCAGAGGAGAGUGGCUGGAGCUCAAGGCAGGUGAGAUUCGGACAGUGAAGGGGAGCAGAGGGGAGAUGGAAGUUUCCUUAUUUGAGUUUGAGGAUGGUGCAUGGAAGAGUGGGCUCAUUGUGGAGGGUGUUCAAAUCUACCCAAAGGCCUAA